CAACAAACGGCGAACAACAGACGAUUAUGGUGGUGGUGGUGGUGAUGGGUGUGUCUGGGUGUGGCAAGACCACUGUGGCGGCGCACCUGGCACAGGAACUGGGCUGUGAGUGGGUAGACGGCGAUGGCUUCCAUCCGCAAUCGAACAUUGCCAAGAUGCGCUCGGGCACGCCGCUCACAGACGCAGACCGUAUCCCAUGGCUCCUCAACAUCAACAAAUACAUGAAGCGGUGGGUGGCAGCAGGAAAGCCGGGCGUUGUUGCGUGCUCGGCGCUGAAGAAGGUGUACCGGGACGUGUUGGCUGCUGACAUUCGCGGGCAGGUCUUGUUUGUGCACUUGCAGGGCCCGUUCAACUUGAUAUUGCGGCGAAUGAAGCAGCGCCAAGGGCACUUCAUGCCGGCUGCGCUACUCCAGUCCCAGUUUGAUGCCCUGGAGCCUCCAGACCCAGACGUCGAGGCGUGCAUCAACUUGGACAUCGUCCGCCCAUCUGGCGCGAUUGUACAGCAGGCUAUGCAGCACCCGCGCCUUCAGGCGUUAGCGAAGGGCAGCAGCAGCAACAAUGAUGGUGGCGAGCGCAGCACCGUGGAGGCCAAGCACAUCAUCGUUGGUGUUGAUCAUGGCGGUGAUGGUAAUGGUGAUAGUGAUGACGAUGGUGAUGUUGAUGGCGAUGGCUUGGGCAUGCGCCUCGUCAGCAACACCGCAAAUGCGGGGCAGCAGAAACAAGUAGGCGGCAACGACAGCGGCGAGGAGGAGGAGGAGGAAGAUGACGAAGCAGAGGUCAGCAUGGAGUUGCUCUGCAGCGAGUGCCUGGAGUCGAGCCAUGUCCGGCGGUCCCUUCGCGAACAUCGUCGAUCACUCAGCCAACACAACCUCGCGACGACGUGGAAAUGUGAGGCGUGCACGCUCAAGCACGAGCAGCAGCGGCAGCACGGAGACGUGACACCGCGUGUUGUGUGCUCCAUGUGCAAGAACGCGUGGAAUUGGUUUCCGACAACAGCUGACGGCCACCGCGUCCCACUGCCGGUGGGGCCAUGGAUUUGCCCAUCGUGUGAAGGGCCCGCAAGGCGACGGCACGGGAGCAGCUCUGGGGAUGGUGAUGGUGGUGAUAGCGCUGGUGAUAGCGCUGGUGAUGGAGUGAGUGCCGCGGCGUUGGUGUGUCACACGUCGUCACAGCACCAGCAGGGAAAUAAUCCGAACGUCUAG